ACGUAGGUACCAAAACAUCUCACUCAACCAUCCAGUAUGCACAUGCCAAUGCUAGUCUCGCUGGCUGUCUAUUCACAAAUGAGCCACAAGUCUCAUAAAACACUCCCGCGCCUCUAUCAGCCUCCUCGUCGCGUACACACCCAGCACAUCCAGCUCCCCCUCAUCCACCAGAACCACACGCCCCGGCCGUCCCUCACCAUUAGCACCGGCCACACCUCGACCCAGCAUCAGCGGCACAGCGAUCCGCAUGUUGCCCGUCAGCUCAAGCAUGACUCGUGCCCUCUGCGUGUUGAUGGCCUGGAUGCCGCCAUACUUGAGGCCAAUGAGUCGGGCUGCUCGGAGAAGGCGUGCAGCGUCACGUACACGUCGACAGCAGACGUGCAGAAUCGGGCUCUCACAAUGGAACCUGAUGCGGUGAUGAACACAUGCCAGUUGACUCAUGUGCGCAUCUCCCUCCCUCCCUCCCUCCCUCCCUCCCUGCAGUCUGUGUGACAUUCAGCUGACCAUACUUCGAUGCACUCGUCUGGUGCCCUCGCCAUUGCACCUCUGAUGUCGUCGCCAGUGGCGCCCUCAUGCGAUGUGAACAGCCAGUGCUUGUCGCCCUUCUCCCGGGAUGCCGUCACCCCGAGCACCUGUAUCCGGCCUGCGCAGCUGCUGGUGGUGAACAUGUUGGGCCUGCUGUUGAUCUGCUGCAGCAGGGGGACGAUCUGCUCGUCCACUGAGCCCUUGCGGCUCUUGUCACCAUGGCCGACCUGCACAGAGAAGAGAACGAUUCAUGAUCCAGAUCUGCCCGAGCAGUGCUAUCACGUGCCAUUUGAUGUCUGUCUGUGACUCUGUGCCCCGUGCCUUCUCCAUUCCUUCCCAUAUACCUGAAGACGUAACAAGGCUUCGUUCUUCUGCUGCUGGAAUGAAUCCCGAGAGCUUCUUGCCGCCUCACGCACACUCUGCCCUACGCCGCUGACCCUCAGACGCAUCG